AUGUGGAAGCUGAAUGUCAAACUGCUGACCCCGGAGAACAUCGAGGAACUAGAGAAGGAGUACACAGGUUGGAGAAACUUGAAAUCCUUCUUUGAUUCCCCAGUUCACUGGUGGGAAGCCACCAAGGAGAACAUCAAGAGGUUCUUCAUCCGCAAGGGUAUCCAGAAAGCAAGACAGGGGCAGGGGGAACUGCGUAAACUCCAGACAGAGUUGCAGCAACUCCUCCUUCUGCAGUUGAGGGGGGUGGAUGUCAGGGAGGAACUACAGGAGCUUGGACGCUUGGUAAAAGAUAUGAAUAUCAAGACUCUGGAAGAAAUUUACCUUUGCUCCCUUCCUAUUAAAUCUGAAAUCAUUGACUUCUUCCUGGGUUCAGCCUUGAAGGAUGAAGUUCUCAAGAUCAUGCCUGUGCAGAAGCAAACCUGUGCUGGCCAGCACACAAGGUUCAAGGCUUUUGUUGCUAUUGGAGACUAUAAUGGCCAUAUUGGAUUGGAUGUCAAGUGUUCAAAAGAAGUAGCCACUGCCAUUCGAGGGGCUAUCAUUCUGGCAAAACUGUCAAUCAUUCCUGUACGACGUGGUUAUUGGGGUAACAAAAUUGGAAAACCACAUACUGUACCUUGCAAGAUGACAGACCAAUGUGGUUCAGUUUUGGUUCGCCUGAUCUGUGCACCCCGGGGACUGCCUGUAGUCUCAGCACCGGUGCCAACGAAACUACUCCAGAUGGCUGGUAUUGAUGCUUGCUGCACCUCAGCCAGAGGCUGCACAGCUACACUGGGCAACUUUGAUAAAGCUACCUUUAAUGCCUUCUCUAAGGUUUACAGCAAUCUGACCCCAGACCUUUGGAAAGAGACUGUAUUUACCAUGUAUGGAUGA